AAGAGCGAGCCCAGGGCUCUUGAAAUGCAGCAGAAUCCUUAUUUAUAAACAGGCCGCGGUAGUGAUAUAUGCAAUCCCCCUCUACUCAGUGAGUUUUCUAUCCUAUGGAUAACGGUCUUGAGAGUUGAGAUUGGAGAGCAGCGCCGUCUGCGCUGGGUCCUGCAGCCUACGUCCUUUCAAUGCCUGGUUCUCUCUGUGACUGCUGGCCUUCCCUGGAGAUCAGAGCACUCCUGUGUGCCAUGGGCUGUAUUCAGAGCAUCGGAGGCAAAGCCAGGGUCUUCCGGGAAGGGAUCACGGUGAUUGAUGUGAAAGCCUCCAUCGACCCGGUCCCCACCAGCAUCGAUGAGUCCUCCAGCGUGGUGCUCCGCUACCGGACACCCCACUUCCGGGCCUCGGCCCAGGUGAUCAUGCCGCCCAUCCCCAAGAAGGAGACCUGGAUCGUUGGCUGGAUCCAGGCGUGCAGCCACAUGGAGUUCUACAAUCAGUAUGGCGAGCAGGGCAUGUCCAGCUGGGAGCUCCCCGACCUCCAGGAGGGCAAGAUCCAAGCCAUCAGUGACUCGGACGGGGUGAACUACCCCUGGUACGGCAACACCACGGAGACCUGCACCAUCGUGGGCCCCACCAAGAGGGACUCCAAGUUCAUUAUCAGCAUGAACGACAACUUUUACCCCAGCGUCACGUGGGCCGUGCCCAUCAGCGAAAGCAACGUGGCCAAGCUCACCAACAUCCACCGGGACCAGAGCUUCACCACCUGGUUGGUGGCCACCAACACGUCCACCAACGACAUGAUCAUCCUGCAGACGCUGCACUGGCGCAUGCAGCUCAGCAUCGAGGUCAACCCCAACCGGCCCCUGGGCCAGCGCGCCCGGCUGCGGGAGCCCAUCGCCCAGGACCAGCCCAAAAUCCUGAGCAAGAACGAGCCCAUCCCACCCAGUGCCCUGGUCAAGCCCAAUGCCAACGACGCUCAGGUCCUCAUGUGGCGGCCCAAGUACGGGCAGCCGCUGGUGGUGAUCCCACCCAAGCACCGGUGACAGCCAGGGCCACCUGCCAGGUUAGACUUGUGAAUAAUAAUACCACUGAAAACAAAACGCAGACGUUCUCUUCAGUCAUUCAGCAAGAUACAACCAUUCUACCUUCUCCAGCGGGCGGGUCUCACCGUGCUGAUGCCCCCGGGAAGGCCUCCCCGGCUCUCGGCAUCUGCUUCCUUUCAGGGAGAGGGGAGACCCAAGCAGGACAGACAGACCCCACGUGUGCCCUCAGGGUCACCUCUGGUCUCCUUUCCUCUCCUUUUUCUCACAGUUUCAGUCGCUCACUUGUCACAGAUUCCCUGAAACACUGCUUUUUCCAGUUUUUUUAAACCUCUUCUUUUGGGGGUUCAGGGGCAGGAGGAGGAGGAGCUGAUCAGGAGGGAGGCCCCAGCUCCGAUCAAAGAGACAGAUCCGCACUGCUGCCGAUUUGUGGCCCUGGCCGGCCUUCCCCCCAGGUCCCCGUCCCCCAUCAUGCGGCCUUAUGUAGACUUGCUUUGCCAAACUUUUGCCUUAAGCUGAAUUUCAAGGAAGAAAAUGAAUCGGAGACAGAAAGCAGGAUUUCUUUUCUACCAGACUUUUCCUCUUCUGCCAGAGGUGGAGGGAGGGGUGGGGUCGCCUGUGAGGUUCUCUUGAGACCUUCGUCCCGUUGUCUUGGGAGAAGGGUCGGGAGGGGCAUUUAGAGCUGAAACCAGCUGCUCACUCUUUCUUUUUGGCAGAAACAAAACCACAGGCAGCCUCUGCCUGAACAGCCCCUUCUCUCCCCCACCCCUAGGUCGCAUCCCCCACCUACGGAGAGGGGCUGUGAUCUCUGGUGGGGUGGCCCCGCCAACGGCCUGGCCUUUUCUCCCCUCUCCUUUCCCAGCAGCCUUAACUUCCCAUGGGCGGCUCCAGGAGAGGGGGAGGCUCCUGUGAGCCCAGGGGAUUUUCACCCUCACAGUCCUCAGGACCUACCCCCAGUUGGGUCCCUGGUCCAUCCCUCCAGGUAUUUGGCUUUAUCUUUCUCCAUCCACACUGGUCCCCGGUGCCUGGGGGCUGGUCACCCGUACCACCAAGACACAGUCUCACUGUUAGUCUCAAAGGUAAGGAAGGCAUUCACGUCCCCUCUUGCAGGGAUUUUAAGACUUGAAUGGGGCAGGCCCCGGCCCCUAUGGCUGGCUGGGCUCUAGUGUACUGUAAAGGGGCCAAGACAGGGCUUGAUCUCAGGGGGCACCCGUCCCAGGUCCUCGGGGCAGGGGGAGGGUGCAGUCAGGUUCUGCCACAGUGAUGAGGUGGGAGGUACCCAAGCUAUAGGGCAGUCUUGGGAGGCCAUCAGCCGAGCCUCUGCCUCCUGUCCUGGUCAAGGGCUGGGAGGGCUGAGUUGGCCCAUGGUUGAGAGGGGUCAGAGCCACUCUGGAGGCUGGGAUGGCACAGCAGACAGCGUCAGGUGAGGACAGACAUUGGGAAGCCCAUCCCUGGGACCUGCUCUCCCUCGGUCCCAGGCCUCGGGAGCCUCAGGCCAUGCUUAGUCCUGACCCAUUGUGCCAGGGUUCUAAGUAGCUGCUGGCAGGGGCUAACGGGACAUUCUGCUGAAGCCACGUUCCUUCCAGCUUGCCAAACCCACAGCUACCCCCCACCCCGCCCCGGGACCUGCUCUCAGCCUAAUAAUUAUCAAGCACAGAAAACCGUCCAUUUAGAAAAAUAAUCCAUUUCUGCUGCAGAUGAGCCACUUGUAGGAGUCUCUGUGACGGCGUGGGACAGUGUGGGCACCGAGGUUCCUGCCCCGCCCCUUUGUCCACGGGCUGCUAUGUUUAUUCAAGGGGUGCUUAAUGCCCGUUCAGUCUCUGCCGUCAGUCUCUGGGCCCAGCUCGUGCCAGGAGGCUGUGCUGGCACACACUGGGCUGAUGCUGCUGGCUGGCACAGUGCUCAGGGGGCCCUUGGUGGGGGCCGGACCUCCCCGCAGAAACUGCAGGUUCUCUUUUGUUAGUAUGGGGGCCGUGCCAUGGAGAGGCAGUAGCCUUUAGGGGAACAGUGGGUCCCAGCUGCAGGUCUGGGGAUGGUGGGAAUGGGCCUGGGACUCGGCUUUCAUUUACUGGAGACGAUUCUCCACUCAGGUCUUUAUUGCACUAACGCGGGACGGGGCCCUGGGGGUUUAGGAAGCAGGUCUCUAGCUGCUGGGUUCUUCCUGGAGGUGGGGCUAGAGAGCAGAAUGGAAAGGGGCUUCCUGAGCUGCUGGGGUGCAAGGAGCCCCGAACCCACAUUUCUUGAGUGUGUGCAAACACUCGAAGCGGGAGCCAGCACCCCUCCCUCUGCAUGCCCGGUCCCCAGCCCACCAUGCCCCCUGAGCCACCUUCACCCACACCCUUUCUUUCCGCCCUUCCUUCCUCACUGAAGAAGGGCUGGGAAGACCCCAGCCAGGCUGCAGGUCCGGCUGCGGACGCUCAGCUCAGCUCCGGUCUGGUCCCCAGCCUCUUUCCUUCUGUCGGAGCACAGGCCCCAGGCAUCCUUCCCCGGGCCCUGGUCCUCUUCUGUCCCCCAGCCCUGCCCUGGCGUGGACAGCCACCCACUCCUUCCAGCAAUAAGCACUGUCCGUGGAGAGUACUGUGAAACAAACCAAUGCACUUCCCAGGAGGCACAAGACUCUUGAAGAAAAUGUAAAAUGAACCUUUUUUAAAAAAAAAAAAAAAAACAAAUAUUCAUAAAGAGAAAUAAAAUGUAAUUUUAAAGUA